AUGAUAGCUGCGACUUUCGCGGCUGCAUCAAGUCAAAGCGUGCCUUCACAAGCUUUGUCGCCUCUUCGGCAGAGAGACCUCGACGUGGCUUUCACGUCGUUCCGGUCAGCCGUCCUAGACCCUAAUCAAACGCUGGGCUGCAACGGAGAUCAAUCCGUCAGCCAACGUCCUGGAGGAGCAACAGGGCUGUUGUGCACCUUACGCCUUAAGACGAGCGCAGGAACGGCCGUGCUGCUCAAAUUUUCCAAGAGUUUUCCAAGACAUACCGAACUGCCAGCCGACAAGAUUCGCUCCUGGCGGACAGGAAACGGUCAGAUCGGGGUUUUUAGCAAAGCCUCAGGCAGAAAACCCUCCAAGUUCACAACAGAAUCGAUGUCCGGACCGCAAACUUCGGAGGAGUCUGCACACAGCUUCUGUAAAGCGGUCGGGUUUCUUAGCACCCAGUUGCAAAUCACGGAAAUGAAAGAUACAACAGAUGUCCAACAGAAGCUGAAGGCUAUUUGUACAGCACAAUGA